AGCGCGUGGAGAACAUCAACAAAACGUUAACCUAUUAAUACAAAAAGCUUCGGAAAAUGACAAAUCCACGAGUAAUAUUGAACGAAUAUGGAAUUCCAAACGCUGCAGAGUUUACUAACCUCCAAAUGGAGGGAGAAUGGAACAUUAAUAAAUACAUGAAGAAAAUCAAAGUGAAUGUCGUGAAACAGUCAGACGAUGGACGAGAACUCGAGUUUGACAUAGCCGGAUGUUCAGCAGCACUGGCCAAUGCAUUUCGUCGAAUUCUCCUCAGUGAAGUUCCUUCGAUGGCUAUUGAAAAGGUUUUCAUACUUAAUAACACCAGUUUAAUUCAGGAUGAGGUCCUCGCACACAGACUGGGGUUGAUCCCCCUGAAGGCAGAUCCCAAGUAUUUUGAAUACCCCACGACCUCUGGAAACACUGAGGAAGAGGCCAGUGAUCAGGACACACUCAGAUACGAGAUGAAAGUCACCUGCACCUGGAAUCCUCAUCCUCCUAAGGAUUCCAAGAGACCUGAGGAUAUUUAUCGAAAUAGUAAUGUUUACAGUCGAGAUAUUAAGUGGGUGCCAAUUGGCAGGCAAGCAGAACUCUACCCGAAGGGCGAAGAACAGCUAGGCCUUCUUGAAAAGGACAUUUUGAUUUGUAAAAUGCGACCUGGGCAUGAGAUCCACUGCAUAAUGCAUGCAGUAAAGGGUAUUGGCAAGGAUCACGCUAAAUUUUCGCCUGUUGCCACUGCAACGUAUCGAUUGCUGCCUGACAUUCAACUAACGAAACCGAUAAAAGGAGACCAGGCAGAGCUAUUAAAAACAUGUUUCAGUCCUGGUGUAAUUGAACUGGUGGAAAACCGAAAGGGGGAGAUCGAGGCUCGAGUGAAAAAUGCACGAUACGACAGCUGUUCGAGGAAUGUCUUUCGCCAUGAUAGUCUCAAAGAUGCUGUUCAACUCAGCAGAGUUCCAGAUCAUUUUAUAUUUAACGUGGAGACACUGGGAGCUCAACCUCCCCACCAGCUAUUCCUCGACGCUGUGAAAACCCUAAAAGGAAAAUGCAGAUAUUUCCUGGAGGAACUGGAGAUGCUCAAUCAACAGGAUCAAAAUAAAUAUUAAAAGUUCUGUAAAUGUGAAGUUUA